UUAGUAUGGAUAACUAAGGAGAGUAAAUAGGCGGCAAAAGGGACAAAUAUGUGGAGAAUUUAGCAAUAUUGCGCAGGAAGCGAGGCACUUGGCACGAGGCAACAACAAACGGUGGAUCCAACGGUCUUCCCUUCGUCGUGAUUCGUGAGAAAGGAAUGAUCACUUGCAGGCUUUCAUCCGCCCAAUAAGCGACUUCAUAGUAACUUUUACCAUGUUCCAAACACCGCCCGAGCGCCAGCCACACCGGGGCAACUAAGACGAGACCCGCCUAGUGCAAUAUGAACAUAGAAAAACGCUGCGAAAAGUGUGUUUUUGGCGUCCCGAGUGAUAACUGAAUUUAAGGCUGCUCGCCAUAUUGAUUACGCGGCGGGGGACGACUAAUAAUUUUCUUUAUCUGGGAUCAUCGGCGCUGAUAGUGUUCCCGGGUGAGUAUGGCGGGUCGGGGCUGGCGGCGGGGGUGUGCGAGGCCGCAAUGGUGGUGGCAGGGAGGGACAGACGGCAGAAGAUGGCAAGAUUUUAGUAUUGAAGUAGGACCCACAAAAGAUCCACGCUAUUACACCAUGGCAGACAUGGCAACAUUACCCAAUCAUACCUCCCCUAUGAAAACAAUGAUAAAUAGCCAGGUUGUCAAACCUGGUGAUGACAAGUCUUGGAAGUCACAGAUUGUGGUACCACCAAGAGAUCGAAGGAAACGGACUUCUGAUGUCACAGACACGAAAGGCAAUGAAUUUGAAGAUUUCUGUUUGAAACGCGACCUAUUAAUGGGCAUCUUUGAGAAGGGUUGGGAAAGACCGUCUCCCAUCCAGGAGGCUUCCAUUCCUGUAGCGCUUAGUGGGAGAGAUAUCUUGGCACGGGCUAAAAAUGGCACUGGCAAAACCGGAGCAUAUUCUAUUCCACUUUUAGAACAGAUUGAUACCAGUCUAGAUCACAUUCAAGCCAUGGUUAUCGUCCCAACACGGGAGUUGGCUCUGCAGACUAGUCACAUUUGUAAUGAGUUGGCCAAGCAUAUUGGAGUGAAGGUUAUGGUGACAACUGGAGGUACCAAUUUAAAGGAUGAUAUUAUGAGAAUCUAUGAGACUGUACAUGCUGUCAUUGCCACACCUGGAAGAAUCCUGGAUCUUAUGGAGAAAAAAGUAGCUGUAAUGGAUAAAUGCAAGAUGCUGGUGUUAGACGAGGCUGAUAAACUGCUGUCUCAAGAUUUCAAAGGAAUGUUGGAUCGUGUCAUCUCGUACCUGCCUCCUGAAAGACAGAUUCUCUUGUACUCUGCGACAUUUCCCCUCACAGUUGAGCAAUUCAUGCAGAAGCACUUAAGAUCACCAUACGAAAUAAACUUGAUGGAUGAACUAACACUGAAGGGUGUUACGCAAUACUAUGCAUUUGUUAAAGAGCGGCAGAAGGUCCAUUGUUUAAAUACAUUAUUUUCAAAGUUACAAAUCAACCAAAGCAUCAUCUUCUGCAACUCAACUCAGCGUGUUGAAUUAUUGGCUAAAAAAAUCACUGAUCUUGGCUAUUCGUGCUACUAUAUCCAUGCAAAGAUGGCACAGGCUCACCGCAACCGUGUCUUCCACGAUUUCCGUGGUGGUCUCUGCAGGAACUUGGUUUGUUCAGAUUUGUUUACCAGAGGCAUAGACAUCCAAGCUGUUAAUGUGGUAAUUAACUUUGACUUUCCAAAGAUGGCAGAAACUUAUCUGCAUAGAAUCGGCAGAUCGGGACGUUUUGGCCACCUUGGUAUAGCGAUCAAUCUAAUAACUUUUGAUGAUCGCUUCGCACUUCACCGUAUUGAGCAAGAGCUAGGAACAGAAAUUAAACCCAUUCCAAAGGUCAUCGAUCCAGCCCUGUAUGUUGCGGAGUGUCACUUUGAAGAUGACGACGAGGGCAAUAUCAGUAAAUAACUCCCUAACAAAAGAUAGGCUGGAAGGUGUUUAUUCCCAGUUAAAGUGACCCAAGGCCACUUGUGCCAGCCAUUCAUCAGGGAAGGCAAAAUGCCUCGCUUGCUACAUAAUCGCCUUCAUCCAUCUGAAGGAAACUGGGAAGAGUUAAGGUGGGCAUAAAAUGCACAGAAAAUUUAAUAAGUGGGUUUCUGAAUGAGAAAUAUGGAAUGGCUUGUUUACUUAGAUGUAAAGUAUGGUAAAAGAUUGUUGGUGCAGAAUGUGACAUUAUUCUCAGGUGGUGAUUUACAAAUGUACAGUUAUUAAAAGAAGCACAUAGCGAAUUUUUUUUUUGGGGUGGGGGGUAGGGGGGAGUUUUUAAUAAUUUACUGGCAGAUGGUGAUGCUUAGACUGCUUGGGCUAUGUUCUCUGAUGCUCAGCUGGUCCACUGAGUGAGCAGCUGCAAUGGACAGCACUGAAAGUGAAGUGUGAUGUGGUAUGUUUGGUACAAGAGGCCAAUGUUACUACCAAGGAAGUGACAGAAAAUACUUGAUUAGAAUUGUUUUUAAAUGCUGAUGGCAUAAAUAGCAUCCUACACAAACAUUUGUGGCCAGAAGUGUUCAAUAAUUUAAUGCUGAAAACUGUUGGCUAGUGAGCAAAAUGGUCAGUGAAGAUGUGACCCAAAUGCUGGGUCUUGUUCUUGAACAAUAUUAAUUACUAUACUCGCAAGACUUGAGUCACUGACUGGCUUAUACAAGAAACCUGAAAUUGGGUUAUACAAAUGUUAGUCUGUGAUGUAUUUCUAAUGAUGAACAGGACCCUUAUUUUGAAGCAAGACCGGCGAGCAAGCAAGAGGGAAUGUUGCCUCCCUUGUGGAAAGUAUCUGGUGGUCUUGGCUGCUGAAUAUUUAUGUACAGUUAGAACAAGUGCAUUGUUAACUCGGCAGUUUACCAUGGUUCAAUACUUUUUUAAAAAUUGACUUCCUCAUAAAUCAUGUUUCAAAAAGAGGUUAAAAAAAAUAUAACCCCAGUGUCUAAUUAGGGGUUUGCUGAACUGAUGACAAUGCACAUUUGUAGUUUUGUAAAUCUAUUUUUAUACAAGAUGGGGUUGAAGUAGCCAGUGGUAAUGAAAGUUUACUCUUGUUCAUCUUGAGGGUGGGUCCUUGCAAUGUGAAGCUUUUGUUACCAUUGGUUCUUUAUACCCCUCUGUACAGUUUUCUGUGUGAAGGUCUAACUCUGCAGAGUUAAAACUUGCAUAGCAGGAAUGUGAAUAUUUGACCAUCAUUGGUGCAGUGCUGCGAGAUAAGGACUCAAAAAUGAGGCACCAAGAGUAGGGAGAUUUUUUUAUAUUUUUUUGAGAUUUGCCAAGUUAGUGGUGAUGGGUAUGAUGGUCCUUGAGCCCAAUGAUGGAAAUUGUGAAAAUUUAAAUUUAUGGAUUCAAUGACUAAAGCUUCAGCUACUGUCUAGGCUUUUGUGCUGUCCUAGACUUUGCGGAGGUUUAAGACUAUUGACUCUUAAAAUUUAGCCCUUAUAUUGGCUGCAAUAAGAAAUUGUACCUGCAGCUUGUGGUAUUUUGACACACUACUGUAUGGACCCACCCAAACUUCAUCUGACAUUAUGCUCUUCAAAAUUUAAUCCUAGUCUUCUCCUUAUCUUAAUAUAGUCAGAUGAGGUUUAUUCCUCUUCUUGAUUCGAAAAAUGAGCAUUUCAAAAUUUCAUUAUUAUAAUUCUAACUUUUUUGAUUGGCAUAUAUAGCACUUCGUGGCUGGUUGUAAUCCUGUAGCCACUGCUUUUUAAAUACACUUUGACCUUGUUACUGGGCGAGCUUGGCAAACAAUGGUUAACAUUGUACCUUAAUGAUCAAGCAUGUAACAUCUAGCCUGGUAUCUCUUCUCAGAUGCUAUCCCCCCCCAAAAAAAAAUUAGGAUUACAUUCUGCAUGGCUCUUAGUCAUGAGAAAAUGCUGACCAUCUGGCAUUGAGGUAGCUUCAUCCAUCCUAGAAUGUUUUGUUGGUGCUGGCUUGUGUAGCAACGAUGGGUUUGUAAUGAAUACUAGAGAAUAUUGUGGAAUGAAUAAUUUUUUCUUUUGGAGCAAAACAAAAUUUUCUAUGAUGGAAGAUUCAUAUCUGAAAGAAUAAAUUUGCCUUGGUGAUUGGUAUUCUUGUGGAAAUUUUCAGUUUUCCCAUCACAAUGUUUAAAAUUAUCAGAUACACUAAAGUAUUGCCCAUCUAUAUGGGCAUGUACUUGGAUUAAAGAAAAAGUUAAGACUCCAGGGAAUAUUAAACUCCAAGGCACUAAGUUUAUUGGCUGCUCUUCUUAGAUCUGAGUGCAGCACUUGAAUACUUUUUUUUAUUAUUAUUUCAUGAAGAUCAUGAAUUCAGCAUGGAAAAGAUUUAAGAUAUUAAGUGUUCUGUAAUUUUUCAUUAAUAUCAUUCAAGGUUGCUCUUGAACAAGCUUAAAGUACAUCGAAUAAACCUAUUGUACUAGUCAUAUUUGGUAAUAUCGUAAUAGAAAUUUAGUUUUCAGUGGUAUAUAUAUUCAUGCAUUUUGAUCCAUUUGACAUAAUUGCUGAAAUUCCAAGACUCAAAACUGCAAAAAAAUGCCAAGCGUUUUACUGUUGGCGCUAUUAAUGUUGAGCAUGGCGAUGACCCACAAUAUAUCUAUGGGUAACUUCAUAUUGUUUAUGAAUAUAUGAAAAUAGCAAAAUGGUUGAAUACAAAAAAUUGCUCUUUUAAUGUUUGGAUUAUAAUUUUUUUUUGUUUUUGAAGGCAGUGAUGAGAUGCAGGAGCUUAGCUCCCUGGGGAAAGUGGGCGGGGAAAAAAAGACAAAAAAAAUUACAACAAAAAUGAGUAGAGGAAAAUUUGAUUGCAAACCACCUCGGAAAUUUCUUUGUUUCAUAUUUGUAUUCUUAUACAAAGUUGUUAAAAUUAUUCGGUCAAAAGUAAAGAAUCCUCACUCC